GCGCGGUGCGCGCCGUGCGUGCCGAGCAGGCCGCAGUGCGGGCCGGGGCCGCGGCGAUGCUGGAGGAGGCGGGCGAGGUGCUGGAGUCGGUGCUCAAGGCCUCGUGCCUCCCGCUCAGCGUCCUGCUCUUCGUACCCGCCGUGCUCCUGCUCCUGGGGCCGCCGCCCGCCGCCGAGGCGGCGCACGAGUUCACGGUCUACCGCAUGCAGCAGUAUGAGCUGGGCGGGCAGCCCUACGGCACCAGGAGCGCCGUGCUGAACACGGAGGCGCGCACCGUGGAAGCGGACGUGCUGAGCCGCCGCUGCGUCAUGAUGAGGCUGGUGGACUUCUCCUACGAGCAGUACCAGAAGGCUCUGCGCCAGUCAGCCGGGGCUGUGGUCAUCAUCCUGCCACGAUCCAUCUCCUCUGUCCCCCAGGAUGUCGUGAGGCAAUUCAUGGAGAUAGAGCCAGAAAUGCUUGCUAUGGAAACCAUUGUGCCAGUCUACUUUGCAGUGGAAGAUGAGGAGCUGCUGUCUAUAUAUGAACAAACACGGGCUGCUUCUGCAUCACAGGGUUCUGCCUCAGCUGCAGAAGUUCUGCUGCACACAGCAACUGCCAAUGGCUUCCAGAUGGUGACCAGCGGGGCUCAAAGCAAAGCUAUCAAUGACUGGCUCAUCCCCAGUGUGGAGGGAAGGCUGACAGGGCUGGGUGGAGAAGACCUGCCCACUGUUGUGAUAGUUGCCCACUAUGAUUCCUUUGGAGUGGCUCCAUGGCUGUCCCACGGGGCUGACUCCAAUGGCAGUGGAAUCUCAGUGCUGCUGGAACUGGCCAGGCUGUUCUCUCGGCUCUACACCUACAGAAGGACCCAUGCUGGGUAUAACUUGCUGUUCUUUGCAUCUGGAGGUGGCAAGUUUAAUUACCAAGGAACUAAACGGUGGCUGGAGGAUAAUUUGGACCACACUGAUUCCAGCCUGCUGCAGGACAAUGUAGCAUUUGUUCUCUGCCUUGACACUCUGGGCAGAGGCAAUAGCCUUCAUCUUCAUGUCUCAAAGCCUCCCAAGGAGGGCACCUUGCAGCAUGCAUUUCUGAGAGAACUGGAGAUGGUUGUUGCCAGCCAGUUCCCAGAGGUGAAGUUCUCCAUGGUGCACAAGAAGAUCAACCUGGCAGAGGACAUGCUGGCGUGGGAGCACGAGCGCUUCGCCAUCCGGCGCCUGCCGGCGUUCACCAUCUCACACCUGGAGAGCCACCGGGACAGCCUGCGCAACAGCAUCAUGGACAGGAGGGCACGAAUAGACACUAAAGCACUGACCAGGAAUACUCAGAUCAUUGCUGAGGCUUUGACAAGGGUCAUCUACAAUCUAACAGAAAAGGGAGCACCUGCAGAUAUGCAGAUCUUCACAGAUCAGAUGCAAAUCCAGCAGGAGCAACUGGAGUCAGUGAUGGACUGGCUGAGCAGUCAGCCCAGGGCUGCCCAGCUGAUUGAUAAGGACAGCACCUUCCUCAACACCUUAGAAUAUUAUAUGGGACGUUACCUGAAGGAUGUCAAGCAGCACCACGUGAAGGCAGACAAACGGGACCCCGAGUUUGUUUUUUAUGACCAGCUGAAGCAGGUGAUGAAUGCAUACAGGGUCAAGCCAGCAAUCUUUGACCUGCUCCUGGCUGUCUGUAUUGCAGCCUACCUUGGUGUUGCCUAUGUUGCAGUGCAGCACUUUGGUCUCCUUUACAAGAUGAUCCAGAGAUUAUCCCUUAAAACCAAGCAGCAGUGAAGCACCCAGUCCCCCGACCCAGCAGCACUGAGCCAUCGGUGAGCCCUUUGGGAACCUUCUGCCUUCCACUGAACCCUGCUGCUCCUUUUCCUUUGUCUCCUCUUUGCUACUGUACAGAGGGGAGGAAGGCAUAAAGAAAAUGAAAUUUUAACUCCUGUGCACCUUUGAAGUGCUUUUCUUCACCUUCUUCCCCCUGACUUGCGCCGUGUCUGGUUUUCCUUUGCGUUUUGGUGAGGGAGAGGCUGAGAGACUUCAGCAAUUCCUGCAGUUUGAUUUUUGAGCAGCUUCUCUGAGUGUCACCCAAAGUCCAGCACCUUCAUGGACACUGUCACACAGCCAGCCUGGAAACUGAAACUACAGCCUCACGUGGCAUCUCUGCCCAGCAGACAAGGACUUGGAGCAGUUGUUUAAAAGAAAAAACCAAAAAGUGCACAUGCAAAUUAAAGAGAAUGCAAUUAGCAUGUUUCCUUAUGGCACCUCUUCCUUGAGUUCACUGCCUGGCUUUAGGGAGUUGUGCUGAGCAAGCAGUGUCUGCAGCAAGCACCUUCUUGCAUUUGGUUCAUAUUCUCCCCCUUUUAGGAGGUACACUGGGAGUGAUUUGGAGUGUUAUUACCAGGAUGAGGAAAGAUUAAGAUGGGUUUCUGGCAUGAGGGUUCUUGCCAGGGACAGGUUCUAUCCUGUCUCUCUUGCAGGAUGCAUUUUGCUGUGUACUUGAUUUCUCUGGAGGUUUUGGGUCCUUGAACAGUUCACAGCUGCCACCACUCUGUGCUAAACUCUUGCUUGAUUUUUGAGGGGUGUUCCAUACUCCAGCUGCUGCAGGAUCAUGUUCUGUGCUGCUCCAUCUUACAGAGGCUGAAAAGCUAUUUUUGAAUUGAGGUGGACCUUUUUACUUUUGAAUGCAAGCAAAAUUCCAGCUGUGGAUUCCUGUGUGCACACACCUGCUGUGCACAUGCUUGUAAGAGUUGUGGCCAGUCACUGUCCUUUGGAUGGGCACCAAAGCACUGAUUUCCAUCCUCCUUUGUGUAUUUUACUCUAAUCUCCUUCUUGGAGUACCCUUAUCCCAUGAUUUGUCCUUUCUGCUACUUUAAAUAUGUAGCAAUUUGUUCUUUAAAGGGUCUUGUCUUUUCCAGGAAAGCCUGCUGGUGUCAGUGGCUCACCAUGGUGCCAGCAUGGUGCCAAGCACUCCAGAACUGUCAGCCACCCAGGGAAAUCUGCCUUUUCCUCAGCUUUUGAGUGCUCAUUUGAAAUGUGUCUCUCUGCCUUUUCCUCAGCUUUUGAGUGCUCAUUUGAAAUGUGUCUCUCUGCAUGCACAAAGUGCUCAUGGCACUCCUCUGCCAAAUGAAUUGAUAAUGACUUCAGAAGUUGCUGGAGUGGCUGGAAGGCAAGCCUUGAUUGUUUUCCACUGGUUUUUUAUGCUCUGCCCAUAGAGACUGCAUCUGCUGUGCCCUGGGAUGCUGCAUGCCCUGGGCUGGGUAGGUUUAGAACAUGCAUGGUGCAGUGGCUCUCUGAAGAACUCUGUAGGCUCUGAAUAUCUGGGAGUACUUUCAGUCCUCCAGCUGCAAUUUCUGCUGUGUUACACUUCAGGAGGUGGUGUUCCCUCCAGUCUGGCAGAUUAUUUCACCAGUCUUAAUGAUUAACUCCAUUACUUUGCUGAGAAAAAUAGGAAAAUAAUAUUUGCAAUGCUGCUGCAGCUCGAGUUGAUGUGUGUAAAAUUUGGCAGUAGUGGGCAAGAGCAAACAGACCUGGAGCUUGUUCCUUGCUGUGGAAACUGCCAGCCUUCAGUCUUCCAGGUGAGAAACUCAGAGUCAAAAACUUCCACCCAGUCUGUUUGCAGAGGCUGUAGCACAAAGAAAACACUUUAGCUCUGUGUGGUCUCAGCAGUGAACUGUUAACACUCCUGAUGCAGUGCCAGAAGCCAGUGGAAACAAGCUAAAAAAAAGAUAGAUAAGAUUAAUGAGGAGAGUUCAUAAACCUGAGGGGCAGUUGGGAUGGUACAUUGCUCUCUCCCACACAAUAUUAGUUUGUCCUGUAAUCCUUUUGUGUUUCUCUCCCUGGCUGCCAUAAAAAGUAGUUUUUACAACAGAUAAAAGAGUUUUUGCUUUUGAUCAAAGUACACAUGCACUGAAACAAAAAUGCUCAAAUCUGAGAUAGUCAAAUCCCAACUUCCUCAUAGCUGGAGCAGAGUGCCCAUCCUGGGACUGAAUUUAAAUCCCAAUUUCAUCAUAGGUGGAGCAGAGUGCCCAUCCUGGGAUUGAACUUAGUUCCCACAUUGUUGUUUCCUUGGGUAAAUCAAGAGAGAAGCUUGCCAAGAGCCCCUGGAGCUGCAGCAUAACUGAUCAAUUCAGUCACCAACACAAAGGCAGAAAUCCAGCAGGUGUUGGGAUAAAAUAAAAGUUCUCCACAACGUUGCAGAAGAGCUCUGUGUAGCUGAUUCUUGUUGCCCUCAUUUUUACCUAUCCUCUUUUUUCUGAGGAGUUUGCCUGGCCUGUAGGGAAGAGCAUGGAAAGCAUUAUAUCCACAUCCACACUAGUGGCUAGCAGUUGAUACUCCUAGCCAGAAAUCCAUUUCCUUUGCUAUUUACCUGACUUCACCUGUUGUCCUGCUGCUGUCAGAGUCUGCAGCUCACAAAAAACUGGUUUUCCAGCAGGGUUUAACUGAAGCUGUUAAUUCCUUCUGUCCACUUCCACCUGCGUGGGCACUAUUGGGAAUUGUUUGGGAGUAAUUUGGAUUAUUGUAGUUCAUCUCCCGAAUGAGAGGGGUUGGUUUAUUGUUGGGAGAGAAGUAAUGCUGUGCAAUAUGAACUCCACUCCUCUACUCAGUGCAGAGAAAAUCCUGAAGCCAGAAUGGAAUUAAGUCUCCCACCAUCUGUGGCUGAAAGUCACCACAAUCUAUUUAGACAUUCAAAACCACAGCUAUACCCAAAAUUGCUGUGGGGUUUGGUUUUGAGGGUGUUUUGUUUGUUUUAAAUCUCAUGCUCUUACAUUGUUCAUGGCCCAAGCCCAAAUCCCAGGCUGCUCCUGCACCCCGUGUUUAAGCUGGGUUUUACAUUUCAUUUGGUCUUGACUCACCAAUCUGAAAUGCUGGGGCUGCUCCUGGAUGUCUCAGAAAAUUGGGCCUCUGGGUACUUGAGUGUGGACUCCUGCUUGCUCACUUUAACCUGUUUAGUUUCUAUUUGUAGUUACUGCAUAGCAACUCCAAGGUUAUAAUCUGGAAUAUUUGCAGCUCAGGAAAAUGAUUUGAUUUAUCUAGCAAUGUUAACUCAAUUAUUUAUCUCUUGUGUGCCCUGAAGAACAAAUGUAUAUUGAGGUGAAUAUUUAAAAGCUAAUAGAAAAUUCAAUGCAGUUGAUUUACAUAUUUUAGGACUGUAAAUGUAAUAAUAUUUAAGUAUUUUAACUUCGGGGUUUUUUUAUUUGUUUGUCCCUUUUUCCCUUGGAAAAUAAACCAAGUGAAUAGGUUUGAUGGAUAGAUUUGUCAGAGAACUAUUUGCUCACAAAAAUGGAAUCUCCUUGCAUUUUUUGGAGGAACAGACACCUCUACAAAAUGGGAGAAAAUCUAUGUAUUUAAAAGCUUCAUCCUGUCUAGUCAAAAGUAAAAUAGUAUGACAGAAAACAUUUACACACUCCAAGCAUGAUUCCAGCACCUUGAGGUGAGCAAAUUCCUGUUUAUUCCGAAGGUUUGUGCUCAUGUGAAGCAAUUAAAGAUUCUAUGCAAAACAGCUUUGGUACUGUGAAAAACUGGUUACCUCAGCAGCCAGCACUGUGUGCUCAUGGAGAUUGUUGUGCCUCUGUCCUUACCCAAUGCCUGUUUGAACACUAAACUAUUUAUUCCAAUUAUAAGCAUUGCAAGAGA